GUGGGUAGUCCCAGAGGAAAUGGUGUCAAUUGUUCUAGAACUCUAGUUCUUUGAUACUCUGCACUUGUAGCUUGUCAAUGUGAAGUUUUUAUCAUUGGCAAUGAAAGACAGGUGGAAAAAAAUCCGGGAAUAUAUGGGACUUUCCAGCAACAGCACCAUCUCUGCUAAUCUCUUGCCCCUGCCAGAUCAGCUGAUUCUUCAUAAAACUCAAACCACAACUACUCCCCCCACAGCUUGCAUUGAAGAAGUAGGGUCGAUGAGACCGUUUGACGUGCACCAGUGCAAAGGGAGGGGAAGGGGCGUCCUUGCAGACAAAGCUGCCGAGCGAGCAAAUCCUUGCCUGUCAUGUCAGAUGAUGUGGAGAAGAACGAGGCUCCUCCAGAGCCAGAGACAAAGCAAGAUGAAGGAGAGAAGAAAGAGCCGGAGCCAAAAACUGAGCCAGAGGCAAAGCCGGAGCAACAACCACAGCUGGAAUCCCCACCUUGUAGCCCCCCAGCACCAGAGGCCCCUCCGUCAUCCAUGCUGGUGACCGUCACCAUUGAAGAGGAGACUGUGGGAGGACCACAACUGAAUGGGGAUCCCUUGGGGCUGAGGGCCGGCUCAGCUGAGGAAUUAGGAACCAACCCAGCCCCUCCUGGCAGCACCCCAGCACGGUCCAAGUCAGCAUCACUAAACGAUCUGAAGCCCCAGAACAGCGUCAAUGGAGGCCCGCGGGCGGUUGCGAGGGGCAGCUUGUCCGGCUCUCAGGUACAUCUUGCGGGGACAGCAGCAUCUCCGCGGGCCAGUCUGAGUCGGCAGGCCUCAGCAACUGGAUCGGCAGCUGGGGAGGCUGGGGCGAAACCCAGAGACUACAUAUUCAUGGCUGCUCUGUCCUGCUUUUGCCCCAUCUGGCCGAUCAACAUUGUGGCCUUCGUGUACUCGGUCAUGUCCCGUAACAGCUUUCAGCAGGGAGACAUUGAUGGGGCUCGGCGCUUGGGACGGGUAGCAAAGCUGCUGAGUAUCGUGGCCCUGGUCGGGGGCUUGCUCAUCAUUGUGGCCUCUUGUGCCAUCAAUUUUGGAGUGUUUCAGUGAAGGCAGCCCUUGGCUGCUACUGCACCCCUAGCCUCAAAUUUUCCAUCUUUGGAGCAGGGGACCCGUAUGACUACAGUGGCCCCAUCCCUUCUCAUCCCACCCGCCUCCCCUGCAUCCCAGAACCAUACAAAGCAAGAGCACAAGGAUGGAAACAAUAGAAAGAGAGAGAAAGA